AUGUCGGAAAAACUCAAAGACUAUCAAGUGCUUGACGUUUUUUGCGACGGCUCAUAUAAAAGUCUUGAGGAACUGAUCACACAAUGCAAGACGCACAACAAGCAUUUUGGAGAAAGUUUUAUAUGGUAUUUACUGCUGGAGUUGGCUCGUUUAUGCAAGACGGUCGAAACUCUAAAUUUCGUCGCUUUGAAGAAAAGUAUAAAACCAGCUUCGAUUUUCGUCAGUGAGGAUGGUGAUUUGCGAAUAAAUUGCUUCGAAUUAUUCGAAGAAUCUGUUGGGUCUAAUCUAAUGCAAGAAAUCGGAGAAGUUAUACGAACAUUGUGUUACCUGCCUGGAGCUUCUGAUGACAAAAUCCGCGAGUUUCGUUACAGUGACGACCUUCAAGAUGUUAUAAGCUUCAUAACAGAUGACAAAAAUGCCAACCUCCGCCCCGACGUGGUGCUUUACCAUCCAACUGUACUUACAAACACUGAGAGUGUAACAGGUAUUACACUCAAAAGUAUUCUCAUGUCAAAUGAAGUCUCAGGUCAAGAUUCAGAAGUAAACAAGUGUGAUUCUGAAAAGGCUGUUGAACAGAUGAGAAUGAUUGAACCCCUUCCAAGAUCUCACUUCAAUGGUAAUGUGAGCCCUGUGUAUUGUAAUUUGAGUCCUAAAUGGCAGAUGAAAACAGAUGGUGAUGGUAGCAAGUCUCCUAUGAUGUCUCCAAUGUCUCCUACUAUUGCUGCCCUAGCACUGGAGCUACCAGGUUUCGUUCCACGCUGUAGAAAGCCUUAUACAGAAGCUUUGGAUAUGUAUAAUGUUCCUCGGAAAGUUUCAGAAGAAACAUUGAGUCAACAAUGGAUGUCUAGACUCAUUGCUUUGAGGCAGAGAGAGGAAUCAUUGAAUGUUAGAGAGAGAAAUCUCAUUGCAAAAGAAAUUAUCAACAGUCCAAGUAUCGAAAUGGCAGGUCAUGAAGAUUCCGGGGAAGAAUGUCAUAUGGAAAGCAAUGGGAUAACAUUGCCACCAGUAUUUACACAGGCUAAGGGAGAUAGAAACCAAUGCGUCCUACAACGGCGCCAAAAACGGUCUAGCUCGGUCAGAACUAGGAACAGAAGGAAGAGUUAUGCUUACGAAGACUUAGACAGCUCCUUGUCAGCAGAUCCCGGGGAUAGCAGCAUCAUUAUAACAGCUGCUAAGAUCACUAAAGAUAAUAUGCCUCACAGGAAUAUAUUUCCUGAAACAUCCUCUAAGAAAGUCCACUUCACAUCCAACAAUCCAUUCGUUGAGAGUGAUGACAGUGUUACAUUGACCUUUUACGAGUUGGAAAAUGUGAAACCAGGUAUAUCCAAAACCAAACCGAAAGAGAACAUUCUAGAUGACAUAACAAAGUUUAAAUAUUUAGAUUUGGAGAAAAUUACUACUGAGAAAAGAGCUGCAAUGCAGUGGAAUCACUCGUCACCAUCAAAACAGGCAAAGAUAUCAGGGAAAGUGUUCAGUGAUAUUACUAACAAGGGGCUGAGGAAGACUCCUUCUAGAAGUAGUGUUACAUCUAAGAGUAGUAUGUGUAGAAGUGCUUUGUCUAAGAAUCAAUGGUGUACUGAUUCAAAGGUAAGCCAAGAUAGUAUGGAGCCCCAGUUAGAUCACAAAAUGCAGUAUUCCUUAACACCUAAAGCACCACCUGACAUAAAGAAGUCUCGUAGGAAGUCUCUGUUGCCAUUUAAAACACCAUUUAAAUUUAAAACUUCUACUAAAGUGUAA